AUGGCAAUCGCUUUGGCAGAAGCAGACAAAUAUGAGCUCCUUGAGAGAAUAGGAAGCGGAUCUUUUGGUGUGAUCCGGAAGGUUAGAAGAAAGGCAGAUGGAUUUAUCCUCUGCCGUAAAGAAAUUAACUAUGUCAAAAUGUCUCACAAGGAGCGCGAGCAGCUCACCACUGAAUUCAAUGUCCUGAGUUCACUUCGACACCCCAACAUUGUUGCAUACUACCAUCGCGAACACCUCAAGGCGACCCAGGAUCUCUACUUAUACAUGGAAUACUGUGGCGGAGGAGACCUUGCUCGUGUGAUCAAGACCCAUAAACUAGCUGGUACAUUCGCAGAGGAGGAAUAUGUCUGGCGUGUGUUCUCCCAAUUGGCAACUGCUCUGUACCGUUGCCAUUACGGUGUCGACCCCCCUGAAGCUGGAUCUAACGUGCUGGGUCCAUCACCUAAAUCUUCGGGGCUGAAGGGGAAACAGGCUCAGGUUAUGAUUCUUCAUCGAGACCUCAAACCAGAGAACAUAUUCUUGGGAGAUGAUAAAUCCGUCAAGCUGGGCGACUUUGGCUUAUCAAAACAGAUGGGAUCCCAUGACUUCGCCUCGACCUAUGUGGGCACACCAUUUUACAUGUCUCCUGAGAUCUCAGCAGGGGAGAGAUACACUCUGCACUCUGACAUCUGGUCAGUUGGUUGCAUUAUGUAUGAGCUCUGCAAAAAGGAACCACCGUUUAAUGCCCGCACACAUGUCCAAUUAGUCCAGAAGAUUCGUGAAGGGAAAUUUGCACCUUUGCCAGACGUCUAUUCUAGCGAGCUGAGAAGCGUCAUUGCCAGCUGCCUGAGGGUUAACCCUGACCAUCGCCCGGAUACUGCCGCUUUACUCAAGUUGCCUGUGAUACGUCUCAUGAGAAAGGAGCAGGAGGUUGUUGAGAUUAGCAAAUCCCUAACGAGCAAGGAAGAGGCUGCUGCUCACAAGCUCAAAGACCUGGAGCAACGCUACGCAAAACUUGAGAAGGAGAAAGUGGCAAUGAGAACAGAGAUUGAAAACACAGUCCGCCGAGAAUGGGAAGUCAAAGCACGGUUGGAGAUCGAUCGUCAAGUACAAAUGGAGCUUGAUAAGCUCCGUAGAACUUUUGAGCUCGAGGUGGAGCAACGUGUUGCUUCAGAGAUGCAGAAGUACAAGGAGGAGAUGGCGCACAAACAUAACAUGGAUGUCUCCCAGCUUGAGUCAGCCCACCAUUCUUCCCUGGGGUCAAGUGAUGAUACAGACUUCCCCUCAUCUACGGACUUGAGCGAGCUGUCUCUUGACCCCCCUACUCCUGAACAAAAGAAAGCCGGGAAAAAAGGAGAUCGUACUCCGUUCAGCCGUUCGAAAACUACAGUCGAAUCGCCCAUGGAUGUCCAGAUGGCAGAGCCAUCACCAAUUUCACUUGCAUCUCUCUCAUUAUCCCCGCGCCGGACCGCAGGGACAUCAGCGAAGAAUAUUUUCGCAGAUGGUGGACGUACAAAGCCCAAGUGGGAUACCCUUGCUAUGUACUCCGAUGACGAGGAUGAUAUCCCAGACCUUCCGUCUCCAACUCGAACUAGAGUCCAGGUAGACCCAAGCAAGGCACCGCAUAGGCCUCUUCUACGUCAAAAUACUACGGCCAUGAUGCAGAAGCUUAGCACCCAACCUAAUCUUUUCCCAGUGAGCAAAGCAGCAGCUAGACCAGCUCAAACCACCAGCUCUGCCGCACCUCAGCCUAAUGAUGCUCGUAAUCCUUCGGUGGAUAGAAGCAAAUCUCCACAGCGUCGUCUGUCGAAGAUCCCGUCAUACAACAACCUGGCCCUUGAAGGUUCACCUUCACGAAAGACAGCUAUGAUGCCCCCUCAGGCAAAGGCAGGCACCGGUCCUGGAGGGGAUGAGAUGUUCAAGGCUAUAAUGCAACGAAACAUGGGCGGCAGGUCACUUGUUGAGUUAGCCCAAGCCCGUGCGGGUGGUCGCUCCCUCGAUGAGCUAAAGCGCCCGGGAGAUAUCAGAGUCCCUGCUACUGGUGCAUCCGCUCCUGCUGCACCCUCGAGCCUGACUGUUACCCAGCAUGACCCUCCUGCAACAUGGGAUCCAGAGAAAGACGAGAUGCCCAGCCCCUUUUUGGUUAGAAACAAGAAGGUCAUCCGUAACUUUCGAUGA